AUGUGGGAUGGACUUCUCCUCUUGAUCUUGCUAUGCAUUGUCAUGGCCGCGACAUCCUUCCUCGUCGGCAUGCUACCCCUCUACCUCUCCCUGUCCUCGCGACAACUACGCCUCAUAUCGGCCCUCGGUACGGGCAUUCUGGUGGGAGUGGCGCUGAUAAUCAUCAUACCCGAGGGCGUUGAAACGCUGUAUUCUGCGAGUGAGGGAGGAGCCGGCCACGGUGCGAGGUCUAUAUCACGUUACGCAAGAUCGACGGGCGGGGCCGUCUCGCUGCCAGGAAAUCCGGCGCAAGACUUAUGGCGGAGGCAGGGAGACGGUCAAGUGGAUGAUUCGCCUGGAACACCAGAGAGUACACCAACCUCUCACGAUCCCCACGUUUGGGUCGGCCUUUCCCUCAUCAUUGGCUUUGUGUUGAUGUAUCUCAUCGAUACUCUCCCCCGCCAAGCGACGUCGAACCGCCCCGAACGCUUCCAAAUCAGCCUGAACAACCUCAGUUUCAACAGACGCACUUCUUCUACCCCGGGAGAUGGGGAGAGUGCCGUCCCGCCAACACCUACAGCGCCGACACACGAUCAUAGCUCUCGCCCUUCAUCUACAACGACCGGUCUAGUGAUCCAUGCGUGCGCAGACGGCAUCGCGCUUGGGGCAUCAUCGACCACGACGAGCAGUCUGACGUUCAUCAUCUUCAUUGCGCUGAUUGUGCACAAAGCGCCUGCGGCUUUCGGCCUGACUUCCGUUUUACUGAAGCAAGGACUCAGCAAGCGCAUCGCACGCGCACACCUCAUUGUCUUCUCGCUCGCUGCCCCUAUCGGUGCCCUCGCUACAUGGACGGCAGCACAUUUGCUAGGCUCAAUCUCCAUGGGCCAGUCUAGCAGCAUGACCACCGAGUUUGCGACAGGCGUUCUGCUUACGUUCAGUGGCGGCACGUUUCUGUAUGUGGCCACGCACACGAUGUCAGAUUCCGGCCACGAUCAUGACGGUGAUGGGCAGAUGAACGGGUAUCAAGGGGUUUCCAUGUCAGAUGUGUACGAAACGAGCAAUGCCGGCGCUGUGAAAGAGACGCAGGCAAAGUCACGAUUAAGCGAGACCGGGCUGACGGUGUUGGGGAUGUUGCUGCCUUUGUUGUUUCAAUUUGGGCACGGGCAUUGA